AUGGUUGCGGCCUCCCUCAAGCACCAGAGUGGUGCCUUGUUGCGGAAGAAUUUGGUGUACCAGAAGCGGCGCUGCUGUCUCAACGUUUGCACCAUCCUCCUGCCACUCCUGUUUGUUGGAAUGCUAGCCGGCCUGCAGAGAGUCAUUGACAACGCUGUUGACACAGCUGAUAACAGGUGUGGUUGCAGGUGUGAAUGCUGUGAAAUAGCAAACCAAACAGCGUGUCGCAUCGAGUCAGAGGGGUCUGAAUGCACAGCUGAAGAAACAUGCUCUCGGGAAUUCUGCGGCUUGGAGUUUUCGACAUCGGACCAAGCUCCCUUCUGCAGGAUUGAACACCCUAUAAGUUGGCCACCAGCCAUGGAGACCCCUAAUCUCGAAAUACGGGCGCAACCAUGGGCUCCGGGUGCAGUGAUGUUCCACACAGCACAAGACACGGGGUUGUCAAACACCAUCGCCAGCUUCAUGUUCUCAGACGCCGUGUCCCUCGACUUGGCAAGCAACAAGUUCGUGCAGCUGUCUGAAGAAAUGGAGGAUUUUUUUGGGGAGCUUUUCACCCUGCAAGGAUUCGUAUUUGGCAGCAGCGCAGAGGUUGUGGCAGUUCACCAAGUGGAUCCUGCAUUUGUCCCAACCGAUGAUGAAGAAGAGCAACUUUUUGUCCUCAAUCAGGAUUGCAGCACAGUACCAGACACUGACAUUGUUGGCAAUUUCACCAAUUCCCUCCUGUCCCAGAACCCCCUCUUGGGCUCCCGCGCCCCAGGUGAUUCGUUCAUUAACUCGUGCGUGAACACUCCACUCGUCCUGAGCACUGCGGACCGCAUCAACAGGCACCUUUUCUGCAGCUUUGAAGGGGCCAGGUGUAACGCAUCUGAGGAGUUUGGAGAAACGUUCAGUGGAAGGAGGCUGCUUGACGAAUCAGACACCGUGGCGGGCUACAGCAAUGCUUGGGAUUUCAAGGGUUCGGACAAUGUCUCCAUGUUGGAUGUGGACAUCUGGUACAAGGACUCAGAUACUGUGGAUGGGAACGACGGGGUGCCGCAGAACCACCGCGUCACUCUGCCGCUAGACUUGGCAGCGAAUUCGUGGCUUAAAGUGGCCUUGGAUGGCACAUAUUCAUCCCGGCUGCUGGCCCUCAUGGAGUUCCCCAUCGAGGAAACCAAACUGAGGCUUGACUUUACGUCUUUCCUGUCUGUCCUCUUGUUCACUUGGGUGAUUCAACUCUUCCUGCCAGUCAUGCUUGUUCAGCUGGUGUAUGAGAAGGUGAAUCGAUUGCGCAUCAUGAUGAAGAUGCACGGACUUGGGGAUGGGGCAUACUGGGUUGUCACAUAUCUCUACUACCUGACCAUGUACAUCGUGUACAUGGCUGUGUUCAUUGCAAUUGGAUCAGCAGCAAACCUUGCCAUAUUCCGGCUGAAUGACUAUGGUGUCCAGAUCGUGUUCUAUUUUCUGUUUGGCAAUGUCCAGAUUGCCUUUGCCUUCCUUCUGAGCAGCUUCUUCCAUUCCACUCUGACUGCGAUGGUGUUCUCCUUCCUGUGGGUCUUUAAAAGCGGUCUGCUAGGCGACCUGCUGUUGAGACGACUCAUAGAGAGGGAUGUCUUCUAUGUCAAGCUUAUCCAGCUAGUCCCAGCGUUCGGUGCUUACAGAGGUUGGUAUGAGUUGGGUGAACACAGCUUCCGUGCGGCACUCCGCAAUUCUGAUGGCUUGGAAUGGGACAACUUCACAGAUGACAACAACCACAUGGAUUUCAUUAUGGUCGCUUUCCUUAUUGAAUGGCCCAUUUUCAUGAUGGCUGCAUGGUACAUUGAGCAGGUCUACUCAGCUGGUACAGGCGUUCAUCGGCACCCUUUGUAUUUCCUCGACUACUUCAUGCUGAGGCCCACACCUGUUCAGCAGGCAGUGCAGAAGGGGCAAAUAAGGAGCAUGCAAGGGGGCACCAAUGGUUGCCUUGACCAACUCUCAUGCUGCUGCUGCCGGAGGCAUGAGGUCUCAGAUGACCCAAAAGAGGUGGAGACAAUUCAAUUCGGUUCUCAGAAGUCCCACAUCGAAGUGGGGAUCGACGAAGAAACAGAAGAAGUUGCUGCUGAGCGCAGGAAAGUGGAGUGUAUUCCUGCAACUGGGGAUGACGAGCAUGUCAUCGUUGUUCGCGGCUUGAGAAAGGUGUUCCCCCCUUCAGAGGGAAAUCCUCCAAAGGUGGCUGUCAAGGAAUUGUACAUGACAGUGCGUAAAGGAGAAGUGUUUGGCCUGCUUGGUCCGAACGGUGCUGGCAAGACGACAUCCAUUAAUAUGUUGGUGGGUUUCAUGGAACCGACUGCUGGAUCUUCUCUCGUCAACGGACUGGACAUCACUAAGGACAUGGAUCUGAUCUACGACAGGAUGGGGGUUUGCCCACAGCACAAUCUAUUGUGGGGCACGCUGACAGGCGCGGAACAUCUGCUGUUCUACGGCCGCCUGAAGGGACUCAGCGGAGCUGGCUUGAAGGAGGCCGUCGAGAACGCCUUGAAAUCUGUGCACCUGUUUGCCGGCGGCGUGGGGGACAGGCUUGUGAAGGCGUACAGCGGAGGGAUGAAGCGCCGCCUCAGCGUCGCGAUCUCUCUGAUUGGAGACCCCAAAGUCGUGUACCUCGAUGAACCGAGCACUGGUCUGGAUCCUGCUUCGCGCCGAAGCCUGUGGGAUGCCGUCAAGAGGGCGAAGAAGGACAAGGCCAUGAUUCUGACGACGCACAGCAUGCAGGAGGCGGGGGUGCUGUGCGACCGGCUGGGGAUCUUUGUCAAUGGCAGGCUGGUCGUCAUCGGCAGCCCCCAGCAGCUGACAUCGCGGCACGGGGACUACAUGGUGUUCACCAUCACCACCGCGCACGCCGACGUGGACACGGCAAAGCGACUGGUGACUCAGCAGCUGACCCUGAACGCCCGGCUGACGUAUGAAGUUGGCGGCACCCUCAUGUUUGAGCUCCCCGCGGGUGGCGCGACCCCCGGCGACGUGUUUGCCUUCGUGGAGAACAUCAAAUCUCAGAUUCAGGUCCUUGACUGGGCGGUUACAAACGCAACAUUGGAGCAAGUGUUCAUUAAGGUGGCCGCCAAGGCGGGCGCCACCUCGGAAGAACUGCAUUGA